CAAGCAGCAACAUGCUCGCAGUCACGUGACCGCGUCCGCUUCCUGUCCUGUCCUGGCAGCCGCGGGCGUCGUGCACGGUGCACGUCCUCGAGCGAGAUAACAAUAACCUGCGGACGCGGCGUGGACGCACUUUGAUGGCGCAGCGUGGCGUGCGCGAGUGCUGCGCGGGAAGGUGACCGCGACGCCUCCAGCCGCCACCUUCGUCCGCUCGGCUUCACCUUGGAGGAGCAGCGCGCGUGGAAGGCUGAUGGAUCACGUGCAGCAGAAACCAGCCACCGCCAACUCAUGUGGUCCCAGAGUGCACCCUGGACCCCGAGCGCUACCCAAACCCGCUCCAGUUUCCUCCCGAGGGCCACCUCUAAUAUGCCCGUCGGGGACUGUGCAGGACAAGCAGUCCGAAGUCAUCGCCCCCGCAGCGAGAGACCCAUGGGUUAAGUCCGGGACGGGUAUUUGUCGACCGAGACCCACGUCCCUGGGGACUAGACCUGCUCCCAGAGUCCCUGCCAUGAAGGAUGUAGACUUGAAGCCACUUUGCAUCCCAGGACCUCACAAUGUCAUCGCUCCUUGCACAUUAGAGUCCUCAGUCCCUCUUCACAGUCCUCAGUCCUCUUCCUUCAGCCCAAACUGCAGCCUCAGUCCUGGAGCGACACAGGUGCAGAGUGACAAGAGCAGCGGGGACAACAACAAGGACUUCAGGGUCCACAUCGCCACAUGGAACGUGGGCUCGGCCGUGCCGCCAGAUGACAUCAGCGCUCUGUUUGGAGGCAACGUGUCGGACGGGAGUGUUGACAUGUUUGUCAUCGGACUGCAGGAAGUCAACUCCAUGAUCAACAAGCGACUGAAGGAUGCUCUGUUCUCAGACCAGUGGAGCGAGCUCUGCAUGGACACGCUCAGCCCCUCCGGAUACGUCCUGGUGGCGUCUCAGAGAAUGCAAGGAGUGCUGCUGCUGGUCUUCUCCAAAUUCUGCCAUCUUCCUUUCCUCCGAGGCGUGCAGACGCAGAGCACGCGUACGGGACUCGGGGGGUGUUGGGGCAACAAAGGGGGCGUGAGUGCCAGGAUGUCCAUAUUUGGUCACCCGGUGUGCUUCCUCAACUGCCACCUCCCCGCCCACAUGAGGAACCUGGAGCAGAGGAUGGAGGACUUUGAGAGCAUCCUGCAGCAGCAGCAGUUUGAGGGAGGGGUCGCCACAGGGGUGCUGGAUCACGAUGUUGUCUUCUGGUUCGGGGAUUUGAAUUUCCGCAUCGAGGACUAUGACAUCCACGUGGUGAAGUGUGCAAUAGACAGCAACAAACUGCCGUUGCUGUGGGAAAGGGAUCAGCUCAACAUGGCUAAAAACACAGAAUCCAUCCUGGAAGGGUUCCUGGAGGGGCCGCUACAAUUCCCGCCCACGUACAAGUUUGACGUGGGCACACACACCUACGACACAAGUGCUAAGAAGAGGAAGCCGGCGUGGACCGACCGUAUCCUGUGGCGCCUCCGCCGCACGGGCUCCCCCGUUCCUACCCACAAUGCAGCCCUGCAGAGGGGUCUGACCUCAUGGCUGGGCGGUGCCACCAAAGUGACGCAGCACGCCUACAGGAGCCACAUGGCCUUCACCAUCAGCGACCACAAGCCUGUGUCUGCGCUCUUCUCCUUGCACUUCCCAUUCAGGGUGGACAUGGCGCUGGUGGAGCUGCAGGCCAACAAGGAAUGGUGUCAAGUCUCCGACGCCACAAUAAAAUUGACCUUUGCGUCCAAUUACCAUCGCAGCUCAUGGGACUGGGUAGCAAUAUACAAGGUGGGAUUCAGACACCACAAAGACUACCAAGCGUAUGUGUGGGCCAAAUAUGAGCACGCAGGGCAGGUAGGACACGAGUUGCAUCCAUCAUUCUCUCUGGAAAUGGGCCCCCUGGGAUCAUUUCUGCUCGUUUGCUGCUUGCAGGUGUGUUUUCCAGAGGAGGACCUGCCCAGAGAUGAUGGCCAAUACGUGCUCGGCUACUAUAGCAACAACAUGAACAGCAUUGUUGCUUUGUCCUCGCACAUUCAGAUCAAGAUCCCCGUCCACAGCCCGUCCGCGCAGCGCUCCGACAGCACCGAGGUCAGCUCAGAAGACGACAGCACCUUGGUCCUCCUGUCCCCCAACUCCCGCAGCCCCAGCCCCAAAACCAGCAAGCAUCACUGCCGCCGCCGCCGCAGCCGCAGCCCUGCGGUCUCCAACCCUCUCCCGUCCCUGCAGGGCCUGGGCCUGUGUCCCCGCCCCAAAGAGACCCGGAGCCUCUCACCGGGCUCAGCCGCUAAAAAGGAACGCCUGGUUUCCCCGGGCUCCGUCUCGUCUCCGGCCGUCAGCCCGCUCAGUCCUCGGAGCCCCGUGUCUCCGGGGAUCGGGGUUUCCGCACCGGAGGCCCUGAUCGCUGCUUUGAUGGGGGAGCAUAGGCCUGCUCAGGUUAGCCCUACGGGCGCAAAGACGCUGGACACGCGUAAAACAUAGACCGGAGGAUACGCAAACAUUCCGCAUCGCAUCUUCCACCGUGUUUAUGUGGGACUCGACCCCCCAGUUACAAGUGCUUUAAUCGGCUCACAAGCUAUUACAUGUAGGGACACUCCAAAUAUGGGCGUAUGAGAUUCAUCAAUAGUUGUAGGAAGAAGCAAUCUAACAUUGCAAAGUAGACAACAGUGAGUCAAGUGGUCGUUUCCUCGUUCGCUUUAAGGGUCUCAUGUUGUAUUCACCGUCAGCCAUUUGAAAUAAGAUGUUCCACAAACGCUCCAAAAUCUAACCUUGAUGCUGGAAUUGACACAGUUUUAAAGUGCUUUUAGUAAGCCCUAGUUUGACGUGUCUGUACCUUUAAUGCUAAUGAGCUACAUGUGGCUCCCCGAGAAGCUCUACUGUGCACUUUAUCUACAUUUGACAUAUUCACUUGUCCAACAUGAUAGAUGUAUAUAUAUAUAUUAGGGAUGUCCGAUAAUGGCUUUUUGCCGAUAUUCCGAUAUUGUCCAACUCUUUAAUUACCGAUACCGAUAUAUACAGUCGUGGAAUUAACACAUUAUUAUGCCUAAUUUGGACAACCAGGUAUGGUGAAGAUAAGGUCCUUUUUUUAAAAAUUAAGAAAAAAAAAUAAGAUAAAUAAAUUAAAAACAUUUUCUUGAAUAAAAAAGAAAGUAAAACAAUAUAAAAACAGUUACAUAGAAACUAGUAAUGAAUGAAAAUGAGUAAAAUUAACUGUUAAAGGUUAGUACUAUUAGUGGACCAGCAGCACGCACAAUCAUGUGUGCUUACGGACUGUAUCCCUUGCAGACUGUAUUGAUAUAUAUUGAUAUAUAAUGUAGGAACCAGAAUAUUAAUGACAGAAAGAAACAACCCUUUUGUGUGAAUGAGUGUGAAUGGGUGAGGGAGGUUUUUUGGGUUGGUGCACUAAUUGCAAGUGUAUCUUGUGUUUUUUAUG